AUGAAUUUCUGUCGGUUAAUCUGGCUUCAAUCACUCAUUACUGAUGUAGCCGUUAGUAGAAGAUAUCAGAAAAUAAGAGAAUAUUUUCAACAGGAAGAGAGUCAUGUUCCUCAAAAAUAUAAUCAUCUUUUAUUACGCCAGCUUGACAAAUCAAUAAACAAGGAACUGGAUAACAAUGAAUUUCAGUAUGUUUCAUUGUUGCUGAAAUGCAUCCAGCGAUUCUUCCUAGAUGGCCUCAAAGAAGAGUCUUUGCUAAUUCAGCAGGGACUGAUCUCAAAGAUGGUUUCCUGGCUUCAAAGAACAAUAGGAUUUCUAACUGAGGAGGACUUAGCCUCAGACACAUCCCUGAUUACUGUCACACAAGACUUCUUUGAAACAGCAUUGAUUAUUUCCAAGAGAAGUAGUAAAGGGAAAAUUCAGAUGCUGGAUUCCUUCAUAUUUAAUUUAGGAUUUCUGGUGAUAGAAAAGACUCCCAAUCAUUUGAUAGGACAGGAGGCUUUGAGCACUUUGAACUGCAUUUUGGAGGCUAUACCACCUGAAGAGAAAAAAAAACUCCUUUUGUUAGAAGCCACGCUAAAAUGUCAUUUAUCUAAAUGUUUCAGGAAAGAACUUGCAAGUACAGUGGUGACUGUUGGUGAUUAUGACCGGCAGGUUGCUGUUUCUGAAACAUUAUGUAGACUGGUGACUAAAAACAAAAGGGAUUACUUUGUACAUUACUGGUUUGAAGAUGAUUUUAUCAGUAAUGCUUUCCAAAAAAUUAAGGACCAAGACUUUGAGACGGACUGUAGGCUGUUUCUCAAUUUCCUAAAUGGCAGACUUGGUCAAAAAAGAAGGGUCUAUUCAUUUCCGUGUAUCGCUGCUUUCGCUGAUGGCCAUGAGAUAAGAAAACCACAGAGUGAAAAAUUGGAGGAAUUUUGGAUUGAUUUCAACUUAGGAAGUCAGAGUGUAACAUUUUAUAUAGACAAUGCUGAGAGUGCUCAGUGGGACUUGGUAAGAAUUUUCAAGGAUGCAGUGGCCAAUUUCAGCGUAGUAGAAACUAAGAAGAUGAACAUGCUCGUUAUUUACCUAAAGAAGCCUGUAAUCAUCAGCAAAAAGGAAGUGAUGAGAACAGAAAUCCAUUUUGAUUUGAAAUUCAACAUAUCAGAAGUUUCCAUUAAAAUUUUAGGAAAAGAGAAUCAGAUUUUGCCUGAUAAAAAUGAAAUUUCUUCAGAAUUUAUUGGUAAGUUUGAAAAAGAAGACAGAGAGCUUAGCCCUGCCUUACUAGAUAAAUCAUUUGAGAUGAUAGAUGAAUCCCCCAACGUGGAUGAAUUCAUGAAUUUAGAACCGGAUCGCUGCCUGCUAACUCUUCGCCAUGAUGACCUGGAUGAGCCAGCUUCUAAUUACAGAAAGCACCUCUUCUCUGAGAGUGGUCAAGAUUCAAGUAAUACCAGUGAAAGAUCAGGGCCUACUGAGGAAAAAAGGAAAUCCAUAAAAUCAUAUUCUAACAGAAAAAAGAAGAGAGUCAGAAGUAGAAUAAAAGUUCUGCCACUUUCCCCGCUCAGUAGUGAAAGUGAUCACAAUAAAGGCCAAGUUAGAUUUCUAACACCAUUAUGGAAAGAUACUUCCAAGAAAAAUGCCAUACCUCGGAAAAUUUCUGGGACAGAAUUCCAGGGUACUUCUGUCUUUGUAACUCCCAAAGAUUCUGCUUUGAAAACACAACUUCAAAGGCCUCAUAUACCAAGUGAACUCUCUUCCUCAGAACACUCAGAAGUUGAAGAAAGCAUACCUAAGAUCGUGAACCGAGAGUCAUCGAUGACGAGCUUCAAACGUAAGGUGCAAACCUUAGAUGAUAAAGACAUAUCAGUUGGUGGUAUUAUGACGUCAAAUCAGUCAAAAGUGGAAGAUGAUGGUGCUCCAGGAUCCCUUUCCUCAGUGGUGGAGGAAGGUGACUUGGCAGAGGGGAUUUCUGUCCCAUCAUUAGAAGCUAUGCCAGAGAACAUGGAUGGUUCUGCCAUCAUCUCAACCUUAGAAAACGUCACUAAAGUACUGAAAAGGAAAUACGAGCUUAGACACAGAAGGAGUCAACUUUCUUCAAAAAGUAGAACAAAAGCACCGGAUUGCCUAACAAAACUUUUAAAGCAGAUACAUCAGUGCAGACGGAAUAAACUACAGCAGUUUCGAAGUUUUAUUCUUCGUGAGUUGAGCUACGUUGAGAAGGAUAUCCAGUCUCUGCAAUGUCUUGAGAAUGAUGUUGUGGAAUUUUGGAGGAGACAGUCUGCUGCUGUGGGAUCAUUUACUGAUGUGCAACGCAAAAACAAAAACCGAGAAUGGAAGAGCUAA